AUGUCUCAGAACGUCAUCAAGCGGAAGAUCGUCAUUGUGGGAGACGGUGCUUGCGGUAAGACAUCGCUUUUGUACGUGUUCACCCUUGGAGAAUUCCCAACAGAGUAUCACCCAACGGUGUUUGAAAAUUACGCAACAGAUUGCAGAGUCGAUGGAAAGCCCGUGCGCUUGGCUUUGUGGGACACCGCAGGCCAGGAAGAGUACGAACGGCUUCGACCAUUGUCAUACUCAAAAGCCCACAUCAUUCUGAUCGGGUUUGCGUUGAACGCUCCCGAUUCUCUAGAUAACGCAGGCAUGAAAUGGGCCCAGGAGGUGAAAACAUACUGUCCGAACGCGCCCCUCAUACUGGUCGGGCUGAAAAAGGACCUCAGGCCCGAAGAUGAUGGCACAGACGAAUACUAUGACCAGAAAUAUGUCCGAAAAGAAAAGGCCGAACAGGUGGCUCGUCUCAUCGGCGCCCGAAAAUACGUCGAGUGCUCCUCAUUGACAGGGGAGGCCGUGGACGAUGUUUUCGAGAUCGCUACUCGUGCCAGUCUCUUGCUCAAAGAGACUUCAGCCUCCGGCUGCUGUACCAUCACUUAA